AAGUAUCUUAUUAAUGCUACAUUAAAUUGCUUCUUUUUAUUCACAAGACUUGUGAGACUUGAUGGUAGACAGUUGAAAAUUUUGAUCCCUGCAUAAUAUGCAUAAUUAGCUACUUUCCAUCGUUCACAUGUAAUUUAAUAUACAUGACAGUCCAUGUUACUAACGUGAACGGCAAGGUUUCAUUCGAGAGUUCACUCUUACUGCCCCAAACGUUAAGAGUGCACUGUUUAUCUUGGUGUAAAAUAAAUAUCGUAACCGUGGGACGUACGUAGUUGUUUCUGCUGUUUAAAGUCACCUUUAUUCUGUGGCCAUAUGUCUUUGGUAACAACCUAGAGAAGGUUUUGGCGACUUUUCAAUCCGUGGUGGACCCAGUACGAUAAUGGCUGACAGCAGGGAUCCGCCCCCUCUUUUCAAUAACGUGGAUAUUGACCAGCGCGACUACGACAAUGAAGAUCUGUUCACUUCUGCAGUCGAGGAUAUAGGUGUUCAUGAAGAUGGGGCUUCAGAAACCCCAAAACUUCAGCUCUCACAGGAAAGUCCAAGCCUAGAUAAUGUUCAAGUAGUGAAAUCACCACCAGCUCUACAAGGCGAGCCUUUAGAUGAGCUGGAAAAGGAGUGUGGUGACCAGUUUAUACAAGUAACUGUAACUGAGCCUCAGAAACUUGGAGAGGGAAUGGCGGCAUAUGUAGCUUACAAAGUUAUUACAAGAACAAAUAUGCCAAUCUUCAGGAAACGAAGUUUUAGCGUCAUGCGACGUUUCAGUGACUUCUUGGGACUGCAUGACAAGUUAGUGGAAAAGUACUUGCGUAUGGGGCGCAUCAUUCCACCAGCUCCAGAAAAGAGUGUGAUAGGUAUGACAAAGAUUAAGAUGUCGAACCAGCCUGAACAAGGUUCAUCUGCUGAGUUUGUGGAGAAGCGGAGAGCCUCGCUGGAGCGUUAUUUGAAUCGAACUGCAGCUCAUCCCAUCCUUGGUAUAGAUCCUGAUUUUAGGGAGUUUCUAGAAGCAGAUAUGGAACUACCUAAAGCGACCAAUACAUCAGCUCUCAGUGGUGCUGGAGUGAUGCGUUUGUUCAACAAAGUUGGUGAAACUGUAAAUAAAAUCACAUACAAGAUGGAUGAAAGUGAUCCAGAGCAACAGUGGUUUGAAGAGAAAACACAACAGAUAGAGAACCUGGACACUCAGUUGCGAAAGUUACACGCAAAUGUGGAAACUUUGGUUUUGCAUCGCAAGGAUCUGGCAGUUCUUACUUCAGCUUUUGCUAAGAGUGCUGCUAUGCUGAGUAACUGUGAGGAACACACAUCUCUGUCAAGAGCACUGUCUCAGCUAGCAGAAGUAGAAGAGAAGGUGGAAGCACUUCAUAAUGAACAAGCCAAUGCUGAUUUUUCUGUUCUGUGUGAACUUCUAAAGGACUAUAUUGCACUUACUGUAGCCAUUAAGGAAGUGUUCCACGAGAGAGUAAAGGUGUACCAAAAUUGGCAACAUUCACAACAGAUGUUGAACAAAAAAAGAGAACAGAAAGCAAAGCUUGAAUUGUCAGGCAAACCAGACAAGGGCAACCAAGCCAGUGUCGAAGUUGUUGAAUGGGAGGCUAAAGUAGAGCGUGGUCAAGAAGAAUUUGACAAUAUUUCAAAGAUGAUAAAGAAAGAAAUGGAGCGGUUUGAAGUCAGUAGAGUUAAGGAUUUCAAGGCAAUUAUAAUCCAGUAUCUGGAGAAUCUGAUGACCCAUCAGCAGCAGCUAAUCAAGUAUUGGGAAGCAUUUCUUCCAGAGGCAAAAGCAAUUGCUUGAGUGCUACUGGAUUGUAGGAAACCAGCAUUCCAGUCCUUUGCCAAGCUGAGUUUUGUGCACAUAAACAUCCUUUUUUCUUGCCUUUCAGUGUGUGAAAAUGACAUGCUUAUUUUCUCAAGAACCAGUAUCAUUCGGUGUUUGUAACAGAGCAGUAAAGAAAAUUCACAUCUAAAAUGUAUACAGGUAUCACGAAAGGUGUAUACAAUUGCAUUAUAUAUAUGAGACCUCUGGUUUUGAUGGAACAUACUGAAAAUGGUGUCCAAGAACAAAAGUUUGUGUCAAACAAUAAAUUUAAUAAUUUAAUUUGGUAUGUACACUUGCACAUUGAUAAGUUCAUAUGAAGUGGACGAAUAAAUUGUUUUCCAUGAGUUAGAACUUCAUUUCCUCUUGCCUCUCAUCAUCUGAAGUGUGUAUAGGUCGCUAACAUCCGUAGCUGUCUCAUGAACCCUAUAUGUGUUCUUGUAGUUUUCAAAAUCUGCAGGUAUUUUAAAAAUUCGUUCCAGUCAGUGGACACACUGUCUUGGGUUUUCACUGCCUCAUCCAGUGGAGUUAACUGCUGAUUUCAUUUUGCUAGCCACCAUAUUGUUCGUGUAUACCAUUUUCAGCUGACGUGCAAUACUCACGUUAGAAUCAGUGGCUUUUUGUAUAAGUAUGGAUAUUAUAUUUUAAUUCCUUGUUUGUUAUAUGCUUAAAUAUGUCUAUAGUGAAACCAUAAAUGGCAGGGUUUCACAAGAGGGUAAAGUUACAUUGCAUUUACUGAAGUCUUCAUUUAUAAACACAGAAAGAAAAAUGACAUUAGACCAGUAUUAAAACAGGGUGUAGAUUUGUUAUAUGCAGUGUUAGAUGGAUGUGACAUUUUAAUGUUUCACAUUGGUGCUCUGUUCAGAAGGAAGAAACAAAAAUAUUGAGAAGUGGAAGGUAUUAAUUUUGUUUUGAAUUUGGUGUACUGUAAACACAGAAAUUUGCACAUUUAUUGAUAUUCUAGGUGUUUGUCCUGUUAGUUUGAUAUGAAACUUUCUGUAGCAGAUUACAUUGCAGAUUGAAUGCAAAUAAUUAAGUCAUGCCAUUUUUAUCAGUUAUUCUUGUUUCUUGGAAUUAAGCUGAUAAAUAUUUAUGUUAUUUAUGUUGGAAAUUACUGUCUUUUUAAUAUCAUGAUGUAACAUCAAGAAAACUUUGGAGGUGAAGAUCACACCACAACAAGUAUGCACUGUAAUGCAGAUUCAGUGUUAAAGACAAAAUUGACUGCAUCAUGAAGGAAUUUUGUGUGGCUUGCACAUUGCACAGAGGAUUAUAACUGCUGACUUAUUGGGUGGUUUUCUUUCACUUGUUCUUGUUUCCUCUGCUCUGUUCAUUAAAUACAUUGACAUUUCUAAAGUGGUUUUGCACUGUAUUUGGUCCAGCCCUAAUAAAAACUUUUCAGAAAAUAUAUUA